CUCUGCUGCAAAUUUAACUAUUAGACGCCGGUAUUACUUUGAGCCCACUAGCGAGCGAAUUACAUAUUUGUGUGAAUUAUAAGAUUAAAUAAACAUGAGCCUACAGUGGUCUUUAAUUGCAACAUUUCUUUAUGUCCAAAUGGUUGUAGUAUUAUUUAUGGUAUUACCAAUAAUUUCUCCAAACAAAUGGCAAAAAAUUCUUAAAUCUAAAUUUAUAAAAACUUUGAGCAAUCAAGCAUCAUUUUUUUUUGUAAUGGCAAUUGGAAUAUUAAUAUUAUUCUUUUUGGAGUCUAUCAGAGAAGUACGAAAAUAUUCAUCAACUGAACAUAAGGACCAUUUAGAUGCUGAAUUGCAAGAUAAUAUGAGAUUAUUUAGAGCACAGCGAAACUUGUAUAUAUGUGGUUUUUCAUUGUAUUUAUGUCUUGUUAUACGUCGUCUUGCUAUAAUAAUUUCUACGCAAGCUACAUUAAUGGCACAAAAUGAAGCAGUUAUGCGACAAGCAGAAUCUGCAACUACAACAGCAAAACGUUUAUUGUCACAACAAAAGAAUGUUGGAGAAAAUGCACAAAAUGACUCAAAUGAAGCUCAUGGUGAAAAAAUAUUAGAAUGGAAAAAUCAGAUUAAAGAGUUACAAACAAGAAAUCAAGAAUUGGAGCUUUUACUUAAGAAAGAAAAAAAAGAUGUAGAGGCUUUAAAAUCACAAGCUCUAUCUCUUAGUCAGGAAUAUGAUCGAUUAAGUAAUGAAUAUGCUAAAUGUCUUGAGAGUGGUGAUAAAAAGAGUGAUUAAGUUACUUUUAUUUCUUAUGGUUAAGUUCUAGAUUAAUUGGGUACUUCUUGAUUUUGGUGAUAUUAAUAUAUGUUAAA